AAUUCUGCCAGAAUCUCAUUUAGUCAGACGGUCCCUAACUGGAGGAGGUGGUUGAUGCUGGAUCACGGAGCGGGAGCGGCAGCUCAGUCAAUCCGUCGCUGCGGUCCAUCAGAGCGGAGCGGUUGGUCAUCAACAUCCUCUCAGCGUCUACGGAGCUCAGCUGGCUGGAACGCUGCCGUGUGGCUCCGAGCCGUGCUGCCGCAGCCAGUCACGACAACCGCGUGGAAUCUUCGUGGACAUGAGGACAUCUCCUCAAAGGUGGACCCCGGGAAUCCCGCACGGCUUCCUUUUUCGCAGAGCGAACGAGAGAGUUUCAUCAUGACCUGGACCUUGCUGACUAGUCGCUCCCUCACUGAGGUGCCCCGUUCCUCCUUUGUUCCCCGACGCCCCAACGCAGGGAUGAGAUAAUAAAGUCAAGCAGCUGACGCAUGCUGCUACAUCACCACCUCUGUGGCACCUGUAAACCAACGGCGACCCCACCCCAGCCCCUUCCCGAGUUAACUUUCUGAUUUGACCCAGACACUAUGACGACGCCGGCUCUGCUGCCACUAUCGGGUCGCAGGAUACCCACUCUGUCGCCGGGCACCUCCUCCUUCACGCACCACAGAGCUACUUUGAGGCUGUCGGAGAAGUUCAUCCUCCUCCUCAUUCUCAGUGCCUUCAUUACCUUAUGCUUCGGGGCCUUCUUUUUCCUCCCGGACAAUUCCAAGCACAAGCGCUUCGAUCUGGGCUUGGAGGACGUGCUCAUCCCGCACAUCGACUCGCCCAAAGAGGGGAAGCAUGGUUCAGGGCAGGUGAUAAUACACGGACAAGGAGGACAUGAUGAGAACAGACACAGGGAGGAUGAGGAGAGCCUACGCAACAAGAUUCGCGCUGACCACGAGCGAGCACUGCAGGAGGCGAAAGAGAAGCUGCGGAAGUCUCAUAAGGAGCUGAAGGCUGAGAUUCAGACAGAAAAGGCUAAAGUUAUUGAGGACCUGAAGAAGAAGGAAGCAGGGCCUAAACCCUUACCUCCUGUCCCCAUGCCAAAGGUGGUUGGGGUCGGCGAUGGGGAGCCACCGGAGGCUGAUGUCAAAGAAAAGCGGGAUAAGAUCAGAGAGAUGAUGAAACAUGCAUGGGACAGCUACAGACAAUACGGCUGGGGUCACAAUGAGCUGAAGCCCCUCGCUAAGAAAGGACAUUCCACAAAUAUCUUUGGUAACUCUCAGCUAGGGGCAACCAUUGUGGAUGCCUUAGACACCCUGUACAUCAUGGGUCUGCACGAGGAGUUUAAGGAUGGCCAAGAAUGGAUUGAGCAGAAUCUGGACUUCAGUGUGAAUGCCGAGGUGUCAGUGUUUGAGGUCAACAUUCGGUUCAUUGGGGGACUUUUGGCAGCGUACUACCUCUCUGGACAGGAAGUGUUCAAAGUUAAGGCAGUCCAGCUGGCUGAGAAGCUCAUUCCUGCCUUUAACACUCCAACUGGGAUCCCCUGGGCCAUGGUCAACCUUAAAAGCGGCGUUGGUCGGAACUGGGGUUGGGCCUCGGCUGGCAGCAGCAUCCUGGCUGAGUUUGGGACCCUUCACAUGGAGUUUGUGCAUCUCACCUACCUGACAGGAAACCCUGUUUAUUACCAGAAGGUGAUGCACAUCCGGAAGUUGCUAGCUAAGAUGGACCGACCCAAUGGGCUUUACCCAAACUAUUUAAACCCUCGCACAGGCCGCUGGGGCCAACAUCACACCUCUCUGGGAGGACUAGGGGACAGCUUCUAUGAGUACCUGCUGAAGGCAUGGCUCAUGUCUGACAAAACUGACACAGAAGCACGCAAGACUUAUGAUGAUGCCAUCGAGGCCAUCGAGCGCCACCUCAUCCGCAAAUCCAACGGCGGCCUGACGUUCAUUGGGGAGUGGAAGAACGGGCACCUGGAGAGGAAGAUGGGCCACCUGGCCUGCUUCGCCGGUGGGAUGUUUGCGCUGGGUGCUGACGGGUCGCCGGACGACAAGGCAGGUCACUAUCUGCAGCUCGGUGCUGAGAUCGCUCACACCUGCCACGAAUCCUACGACAGGACAGUCCUAAAGCUUGGCCCAGAGGCCUUCAAGUUCGACAGCGGCCUGGAGGCGGUGGCUGUUCGGCAGAAUGAGAAGUACUACAUCCUGCGACCGGAGGUCAUUGAGACCUACUGGUACAUGUGGAGGUUCACCCAUGACCCCAAAUACAGGCAGUGGGGCUGGGAGGCAGCAAAGGCCAUUGAUAAGUACUGCCGGGUGAGUGGAGGUUUCUCUGGAGUGAAGGAUGUCUACUCGUCCAACCCGACCUACGAUGAUGUGCAGCAGAGCUUCUUCCUCGCCGAGACACUAAAGUAUCUGUACCUGUUAUUCUCCAGCGACGACCUGAUGCCGUUUGAAAGCUGGGUUUUUAACACAGAGGCCCACCCGCUACCCGUCCUCCACCUGGGCAACAUCACCCUGCCCGGCAGCGAGCCUGCUCAGCGAUAGACACACACGCCCGCCUCCUCCUCCGCUACCAUAGCACCAGGGGGCACCACCUUUCUGCUCACCUGACUAAUAUCCCAAAAACCCACCCACCCAACAUCAGACACACGUCCAUUGGAACUCUUUAUCUGAAUUUGGACUGCAGACUUGAGCCAGAGGAGACAGAGAGGCUGCUGCCCAGAGGAAAGGACUGACUCUGGAUCUCCUUCUCUUCUUCUUCUUCUUCUUCUUCUUAUGUGUCCUUCUCUUUAAAUCUCACUAUAGAUCUGUGUUUUCAUUGCUCAAACUGGACAGAUGGUGGGCGUGCUGCUCAGCCUUCUCUUGGUUCUGAAUCGAGGAGCUCCAAGCAAGAGGCUUGAUUUUUUUGUUUUUUCUUGAUUUGACCAAACUUUCUCCAUGCAGACUCAAGCUGAGGCUAUAAGGGUGCAUACUGAAGGACUACGCAGACAGGCAUUUUGACACUGUGCUGUAGGGUUUGUUUUUUCCAUGGUAACAGGAAAAACAGGGUCUGUUAAUGAGAUGCCAUCUUUUUGUUGUUUUGGAAAAAGCAUUAAUGGAGACACAGGGUUGUAUCAAAGCCCUUCUCCUCUGAUCGAGGUCAUUUCCUGUUUGAUCUUCAUCUGAUGGACUGAGACCUCAAACUGUAAUCAGAUCUCCUUACAAGCAGGUGGCGACAGCAGUAACCACCUAAUCUAAAGCUUUUUUUCCAGAAUAAUGGACUAUUAUAACAGAGAAAAUACUUCAACCAGAACAGCAGCAGGCCUCCACGUCCCAGUCUUAGAAGUUUGUGUCCCACCGUAAAACCAUUCUGCUGCUGUCUGACUGGAUGCUGCUUUUUCGUCCAUUUUCUACAGUUUCCAGACCAUGCCGUCACAUUUUUUCCUCUCCAUCCUCCCUCAGAUGUUUUUGUUUCCUACGUUUAGUACACUUAUUUUGAGGUCGCGCAUCACGAGACCAGGCUUUGGUAUAUGUGGCUCUGCUGUAAUUCAUUUGUUUGUGCACUUUGUAUGGGAAUAAUCUACAGAAGAAAGAAAAAGAAUGGUGUGGCACUGAAAGAAAUGAAUAAAUGAUUACAAUAUGCCUCA